AUGUCCUCAGCAAAUACUUUUGGUCGUCCAGCUGGAUUUAUCUCAAUCCCUGUCGAAAUAGUUUCUGUACCCAAUACAACUAAUUCAAGUUCUCAUUAUCCUCAACUUCGUACGGUUCAUCAUGAUAAUCCUUAUAGUGAUUUUUCAAAUUCCCCUCCAUGGAAAAAACCAUCUAUAAAUACAUAUUCUAAAGGUCGUUUUCAACCACGUCAAAAUUUAACUACUGCUUAUGAUCGUUUAUUAAAUGAUUCUCAAUUUAAUCAACCAUACAAUGAUCGAUUUUUUCAUCAAACACAUCAAGAACCACAAUAUCGUCAUUUUCAACAACGAACAUAUGAACCAAAUUCUUUACAUAUUAGUCGUUCAAGUGAAGAUCUUCUUUCAACACCGAGCGAUUUUAUACAUUCAGAUACUCAAUCACAUAAUACUUCACAUUAUCCAUCAGCAUAUAAUAAUGGAUUUCGAUCUGAUUCAGAUUUUGUGAAACCAAACAAAUAUACAAGUCAUCUUCGACGAUCAUAUGACAUACUGAAUGAUUAUCCGGAUGCAAAUAAAAAAUUUUCAAUACAUCAGCAAUAUCCAUCCGAACAACAAACUUAUUAUCGACCAACUUAUGUUACUCAAACUACUAUUAAUCCAAAUGUUGUUUAUUCAACUGAAUAUCAUACACCAAUAAAUAAUCAUCGAUCAAAUACAUGUCAAGGAACAGUUAAUAGUUUUUCACUUUUAAAUGAAUAA